CGGGAGGGGUGUGAGUCGGGGGCGGGGGCGGAGUUGGGGAGCUGAACGCGGCUGUGGUAAGGACGGGUUCGAGACUCCUGACGGCCUCGUGGCGUUUCCCGAACACCGCCUGGCUCGGGAGUUCCUGGCCGCCGUCGCUGAGGCGGGAAUAAUCAUAAAGAAUGAAUUUUAAUGUCUGGAAUAUCAAAGAAAUGCUCAGUAUUCCUUCAGGUUCUGGAAAUACUAAAGCAUCUGUCUCGAAUAAUAAUCAGACUGAUUAUUCCAGUCUCAGUGAUUCGCAAUUCCUCUUCGGAUCUCAAUUCUGUCCAGAAAAUUCAGAGACUCUGUCAGCACCUUUGGACUUUGGUGCACACUUAAGACAGCAAAAACAAUCACAACAGAAUUCUUUGGAUAGUGAACCUAGUAUUUUUACAAAGUACCAGACAAAACCCCAGCUGUUUGGAGGCAAUGCAAAAGAUGGAGAUUUAUUUCCUCUUCCUUUGCCAGUUGGAAAAUCAAAAGGCCUCUUGGAACAGUUUGAGGAAAAAAAGAAAACAGCAAAAGAUAAAUGUGACAGUGAGACUCUAUACAACUUUGUUUCCAAUGUCAGAGAAAGCAUUCACAAGUUGCAGACAUCUGUGGAAAAGUCUGAGGAACAUCUCACUAUAAGAAGUCAGUCUAUUCUGGAUUCUUUGGAGACUGUGGCCAAGACAUUACAGGAGACUGCACGGACCCAGAGUGACCUGGUGUUUGAGGCAGUGCAGGAGAAAGGCAACACGGAGCAAGCCAUCCUUGAGCUGCAGAAGAAAUUCGAAGCUAAACAAGCAGAGAUUUUGGAAAUGAAGUCCAACCUGAAGCACCUGGAGGUUUUAGUUGCACAGCAGAGUAAGGACUUCCAGCAGCUGUGUGAGCAGCUAGGCCAGCUGAACGUGCCCAGUGUCCUCGCAGAGCUGAAGAGAUGGAUCUCAGUGCCUCAGGUGCCCAGACACGUGAGAGACAGCACUUCUCAGACGUCGCCACUUCUGGCUCGGAACCUCAGCUUCACCGGGCAGGAACAAUAUGCCCUUGAGGACCCAGUGCCAUGGCAGGCCCAGGGCCUCCCUGGUGCGGGGAAUCCCAGUAGGGGCUCCUCACAGCCUGGAAAGUUUGAUGUCUGGGGUGAGGGGGCCAAGAAUGGUGCUCCCCAAGAAGAGGCUGCGCUGCCCGGAGCUCAGCCCCGUGAAGGCAAUGGGUGUGCAAAGGACCAAGCAAUGCAGCCUCACUCCAACAAUCAGGGUGUUAGCAAAAGCCAUCCCGAGAACCCUGGCUCCCACAUCCCAGGCUACAGGAUUCCUGGCGACAGGGACCAGGUCUCUCAAGGAGCUUCACAGCUCAUAUCCCUGGACUUAAACACAUUUGCAACCAGCAUUGAGAAUGCCUAUCCAAAACACCAAACCAAAAGCAUGUCUUCAAGUGACCCAUGUGAACAGGUGGUGACAGAACAGAAAGGCAGGGCUAUAGAAAGCAGGGGGAAAGGCAUGAGGCAGCAGACCAGGAGAGCCUGCAGAGGCAGGCCCAUAGCCAGGAAGCAGGAACAGGCCCCAAGUGAGACCCAUGCCUUGAAGUCUAAAUAUCAGAGUCCUCAGCCUCCAGUUUCUGUCCCACAAAGUGGCCCCCUGGGGCAGCAGGAACCCCUUACUCAUGUGCUGCCUCUGCAGGGUGUCAGGAGCCCCAGCAAGCCAGUCCAUCCUGUUUUGAGAGGCACAGUCAUGCCCACAAAGACAGCGAGGGCAGCACGUGGCAACUGCUUGCAGUUCAACAGGUCCUCUUCCCAAGACAACAGCCUGCUUUCGGGCAGUUCCCAGGGGGACCACCAGAUGAGCUGGUUCAGUGACCUGAGCCUUGGACGUUCAGAGCCGCCUCUGCGCAAGGAGCCAGGGAAGCAUUUUCUCUAUGACCUGGGAUUUGAUAGCAGUGAUGACGGCUUCUGACCGGCCCAGAGCAUCUUUAGCUGUAUAUUGAUCUCACCUAGAAAGACAAAAUGCUAGACACUUGGGCUGACCAUCAGCAGAAACUCCCUGAAGCUUGCUUGGGACUCUCAGGGUCAGGGGCUCUGCUGCGGUGAGGUUAAUGGAGAGCAGGGGCAAGUGUGGGUAGCAGGUGCCGCCCAUGACAAAGACAUAAGGAGUAAGUACAUCUGUGUUUGUUGGAAUGAAAUGUGAAGUCGUGGUGAUGAGAGCCGAGGCAGCAGCGUGGUGUGGGUCACCAGGAGGAGAGUGGCUGUACUCCGGCAGAGGGCACUCAGGCGAGGAGCAUGAGGGCUCUCACAAAAGCUGUUGCUGUGGCAGCCUGACUCCCAAACACAAUUUGGGUCCCCAACAUAUUCUCUGCAGAUGACCGGUGUCUUUCUGGGCCUCAGUAUUUUUUUUCCUUCCUACUUUAUCCACUAAUGCUGGCAAAGCAUCUGCAUUUUUUGAUCAGUGGCUGUAUCAUAUUCUCGUGAACAGAGAGUGUUAAAGCUACCAAUGAAAGGGAAGCAACAUGCACAAAAUAGACGCCAAAGGUACCCUGUCCACAAGCCACAUGAGCCCAUUUUGUCUUCCUGGCGAUUUAAAACCCUGUUCUUUCUAAGCUAACAGCAGCGUCUGUGGGCCCUGUCUUGUUGCUGGAGAGCAGUAGGCUUAUGUGAAACUUUGGCUUUCCAUUUACAGCUUGGUGAAGCUUUUAAUUUUUGUAACAUAUAUGUGUUUCUUUUGUAAUACAAAUAACUUACUACAAAUAAAGAUAAGUCCUUGAAAAUCUUUAUCUUUUUCUUUCACUGAGGUUAUUGAACAGAUCUCUCAGUUCGGUUCUUUGGAGAAAUCAAAUAGAUAAGAUGCAGCCCAUCUUCUUAUUCUCCAAGUCUCUCAAAAGAUGAUUCUCAUUUAUUUGAAAGGCGGAGUGACACAGAGAAUGAAAGUGAGAUCUUCCAUCUGCUGGUUCAUUCCCCAAAUGGCCACAACAGCUGGGGCUGGGCCAGGCUGGAGCCAGGAGCCAGGAGCUCCAUCCGGGGCAUCUUAUCCACUGCUCCUCAGGUGUAUUGUGAGGGAGCCAAAUUCAGAGUGGAGUAGCCAG